AUUCAUUAUGGCGGAUGAUUCAAAGGUAAAUUUCAGUGUAUUAUAUAAAUCUUGCUAACCAUGAUGGGUUUAAUCUUAUAUAAAUAUAUAACUUUGUUAAGCCAACCCAUUUGGUUUGUAAAACUCUUUUUUCAUUAGGUUCAAGACACCACAGCCAACGUAGACUCGGUAGCUGUUGUGCUAAAAGAAAUAAAAUGUUGCUGGAGAUGUGUUUUUCGCUUUCUUGGAGAGAAGAACAGUUCUUUAUAUCAAAACUCUGAAGAGGUAGGGGUAUCACUUACAAUGCAGCAGUCAGUGGAAUACCCCAGACUCUUAUACUGCCAGUUUUUAGUGGGUAAUUUGGGUCCUGUCAGACUGUGAGGGACGUAUACAAACCAUAGAACCCCGGUCCAUGGACCAGCCCUGUGGACCAAUUUUAUGGAUCGCGUCUUGUCCCCGGGCCAUGGACAUAACCCCUGUGGACCUCUCCUAAUUUCACCAGUGGUCUAAGCAAAUACUAGGAACCUUAAAUACCCCAGUAGUCCAGUACCUCACAUGAACCUCUCAUUUCAGUGGUCGACUAAAACAAUAUUGUCUGUUGUUUUCAGUGAGGUGCCGCGUGCCCCUUAAACCCUAAGGUGGGUGUCUAGAAAACCCAGACCUAGAAAACUCAGACCUCAGACCCAGAAACUCAGAACCCCCCAAAUCUAGAAAACUCAGACCCCCUAAAUCUUGAAAACUCAGACCUCCCAAUUUAAAAAUGGCGCGGGACCUCUUGUGACUUUGUCACUAACUUGGCCGCUUCGAGGCCUAAAAAGCUUGCCCCGCUCACUAAGAAACUCAUGAGGCUGGCUUGUAGCAACUCUACGUUAAAUCAUCAGUAACUUCGUGUCCGAAAAUAAAAAAAAGGGGGUCUUCAUUUUUGGUUCUGCAUUUCCGGGUGUUUACCCUCAAUUAAUGGGGGUUCUUUGUUUUCGGGUGUGUAUUUUCGGGUCUUACAGUAAUAAAUUUUUACAAAUACAGGGUGCUAAAUAGCCUCCAACACGGACAUUCUUAGGGGUUCAUCACACACGUUCAUGGGGCAGGAAUGCCUGAUGAACCCCUUAGAACAUCUGUUAGGUGCGCACGAUAAUGAAUUACAGCAAAAACGUUUUUCUUGCCUUCCUUGUUCUUUUGAAAAUUUGCUGGGGAGAGGGUCUAAAUAACAUUAAAAGGUUAUUAGCAUUAUGAGACGACAGGACACAGGGUGAUUGCGGUCUUACAAUAACAUAAAAAUUCACUCAAAAAGUGAAUUUGUAUCUUUAAAACUCCAUCGUGAUUAUUCCAACUUGCUUACUUUGUCAAAUGCAGGCAAACUCAUAAGAACCAUAUCCAAGUCCAGAUAGAGAAAGAAAUAUGCGUCAUUUGUUUAGGUGCGAUGGGGGGCUUUUCAUGUGGAUCACUUUUUAAGACGACCAAAACUGGAAACCGCGCACGAAAAGCCUCUGGCACCCAGAGUAGAUUUGUGGGGGGAGGGGGGGUCUAAGUUUUCUAGGUCUGAAUUUUCUAGAUUUGGGGGGACUGACUUUUGGGGACGUCUGAGGUCUGAGGUCUGAGUUUUCUAGACACCCAUAAUGGACAAAUGUAAUGGGUUCCUUUUGGUCUUGAGAAGGAGUAACCAUAUUUGAAGGGAACUUUACAGUCAGGAAUAUAUAAUUUAUUUAUUUCACCAAUAUUUCAGAAGGCACAGCCUUCCUUCUUCAAGGUCUAACAUACACAAACAACAUACAACAUACCGGUACAUAUAUGGUCUAACAUACAAUAAUUAUUAUUGAAUAUUUGAAGCAGCAUGCAAAGAAAGUAGUGUCCGAUAGCCCGGGGGUAGUGGAUUUUUCUAUCGGGCUACUGAAUUCUGUUUUUAACUUGCCUGAUGGGCAAGUGUUGUUUUUUGAGGAAUUUGAAUAACAAAAGAACUGUGAAAUCAAUUCUGCUCGUCAAAGAGCUUUUGGGGCUUCUUGAAAUGAUGACUGGGUUAGUAAAUGCUUGCUUCAGCUUGCCCGAAAGGCAAGCUGUAAAAGUGAUUUUCAUUGCACCCUGUGAUGGAAACAGGAGGAUUGGUAGGGAGGGAGUAGUCUCCUACACAGCUCUUUUUUUGUCUUCACAUUGCAAGAAAGUCGAAACAAACACAGCUGCGUAAGAGACUACAGAGGAAUCUUAAUAUCUGUGAGUUUGUGACGACCAGAUUUGCGACUUGAAUGAAUGGUGAUUUACAUAAACCAACCUGUAAGUGUUCGCAAACUGGUAACAUGUCUGACCAAUCACAUUGUUUGAUAAUGUGCUGGACAUUUUGUGUUAUUAUUUGUGAACAGGAUUCAAUAAGUUUUCCAACCAAUAAACAUUUCCAUCCAGGGGCUAUUAAGGGAAGGGAAGUCUGGGGUGGGUACUCAAUCACUGUGCAUUACCUCUUCCUCUGUAGUCUCCUACGCAGCAGUUUUUGUGUUGAUAUUCACACAACUCAAUGACACAAAAAUCUGUGUGAGUGAUUACUUCCUCCCUACCACUCCUCAUGUCCCCUUCAAAUAAUUUCUUCUUCCAGACUAAACCAAACCCAUGUAUGGAAUUCAGAAAAAAAUUGAGCAUGUGUAUACUAUGAGGAGUCUCAUAUAAUUCGAUAAAGUUUCAUCGAUUUAAGGAUCCUUAAAUUUGGUUAGACCUCUGAUAAAAAUUUGUCUUCAAAAAUUAGGGGUGCUGCAUGCAUGGGGGUAGUGCAUGGACCAGGUCCACGGGGUGGUCCAUGUUUUGUGUCCAUCUGUCUGUGACCAUGACUCAGCUUAUAUAUAAUUUAGCUAUUCAAAAUGGGAUCAUAGCAGGUCUUGCAACAAAAGCAAACUUGCCAAUUGACAGGUAAAAGAGGUAAACAAUGCUGCAAAAUGAUCUUUAAACUAUCCACUUCCUUAGAUUUUAUGUCUUUUGACAGUUUUAAGAGCAUAAUUAUUUUCACAUCACUAUACACUUUUUUUCCCCACAGUCGAACCUCUCGUUACUGACACCUCUCUAAUACAGACACCUGUCUAUUACAUACAGUUUCCAAUGUCCUGACAAAAUUCUCAUAUAAUUAUUUUCUUUAAAAAAAACCACUAUGAUACGGACUCUCUCUAAUAUGGGCAAUGGACACUAAAUCUUGGCCCUAGAGAGUCAUUUCGUAUAAACUUAACUCUUAACUCUUUAUUAUGGGCACUGCGGUAAUCAGGCGAAUCCUGAUCAGGUGAAUCUGCACAGAGUGAGCUCCAUCUAGUCUGGCUGAUGAGCUAUGUAAGGUGAUAUAAAGCCCAGUUGCUGUAUACCAAGAAAUAACCAUUUGUGAAAGGUGUAUAGAGGAACAUAACCAACUUUUCAUGAAUUUUUGAAGGAUUCAGUAACCACAGAUAGCAUAAAGAUCUUGUACUCUAGUUACUGUUUACUGCACUUGCAAAAUAACAAAAGAUGCUUUUAGAAUUGUACUUUGCGUUACAACUUUUUACAUGCAGCAUUGCACUGUGGGAAUAAAUCAACUUCCCAGAAUUGCAGACUACUGGAAGGACGACCCUUUCAUUGGAAAUACGGGAAUUAAACAGACAAUGACUAGAAACCGCUUUCAAGAAAUUUCCCAAUUUUUACAUUUCGCUGACUCGACGCGAACUCCAGCGCGCGGCGAGAACGGCUAUGACCGAUUGUACAAGGUCAGAGCGGUCCUAAAUGCCGUUUUAGAAAACAGCCAGCGAUGUUAUUCGCCCAACAAACAUAUUGCCAUAGACGAGGGCAUGAUUGCUUUUAAAGGCAGACUUUCGUUUCGACAAUAUAUGCCAGCGAAGCCGACAAAAUAUGGCAUAAAAGUGUGGAUGGCCGCGGACUCGAAGAAUGGCUACGUAAUAAAUCACGAUGUUUACCUUGGAAGUGAGGAAGGCGUUCGAAGAAUUCACGGACUUGGCUACGAUGUAGUCAUGAAAAUGAUUCAGCCCUACAUGAAUAAAAAUCAUCAUGUUUAUUUUGAUAAUUUUUUUUCAAGUCCAGUGCUUUUGGAGCACUUAGAGCUGCAACAAACUUAUGCUUGUUCCACUGUUCGAUGCAACCGUAAAGGCUUGCCGGCUUGUGCGGCGAACAAGCUAACCAGACCUGGCCAACUUGUUCAGGCCCAAAAGGGAAACAUUGUUUUCACUAAAUGGCACGAUAAAAGAGACGUCGCUUUUCUUGCCACUAAUGUUUCUCCGGGAGAAGCUUCGCGCACUGUACAGCGAAAAGAAAAAAGGAAGGAAAUUGAGAUCGUGAAGCCACGUGUUUCGGAUGUUUACACAGCGAACAUGGGCGGUGUGGACCGAGCAGAUCAACUUCGCUCGUAUUAUUAUGUUGGAAGGCAGUCGAGAAAGUGGUACAAAUAUCUGUUUUGGUUUUCUUUUAAUUUGGCUGCCUGUAACGCUUAUAUUUUAGAGUCCGAAAGCCGUGUGAAACGCGCACAAGAUCUUUUCCGUCUUGAGUUGGGAAAGCGACUCAUCGGCAAUUUCAACUCCAGAAAACGACCCGCAAGCGACUCUUUGCUGCUUGUCUCUCGGGCCCCAUUGACCCACAUUUCCACCAAGAUCGAGGGCCGUAAGAGGCAGUGCGUCAACUGCAAAGCUAAAGGGAAGAAAACUCCCAAAAAUUAUCCAAUUGAAACAAAAUUUAUGUGUCAACAGUGCGGAGUUGCACUCUGUCAAGACCAGUGUUUCCGCGACUACCACAAUGAAAUUUGAUUUACCUCACUGACUUAAAUUUUCAAUUCUUUUUUCGAUAGCAGCGAUCGUUAUUUGCAAUGUGAAUGUCGGUAUUACUUCUAUAUGUUAUAACUUUGCAUUAUUAAAGCUUUGUACUGUAUAUAAUAUUUAUUAUAUCGAAUAUUGAAUGAUGAAUAUGAGAUGCCGUGAUGUGACACGCUAAGAGUAAUGGCGGGAACUUUGAAUUUUUCAAAAUAUAAAACUUCACAACAUAUUUUAUACCUGUACUUGAUUUGCUUCUUAGUAAUAACUAAGUCAAUAAAUAAAACAAUGUUUAAGCUUGAAUUCUGAGUAAUUAGUAGACUGAGUAAGGGUCUCAAAAGCUACUGAGCAUAUAUGUUUUGAUUUCUACUCUCUUAUUGGGAUGAAUCUCCUAAUUGCCUCUGGGAACAACAGGAAAUCAUGCAUGAAGGCCCCUGGUAGUGAAAGGGUUAAGGACUAGUGUGAGCCUGGUUUUAGCACUGAACAUUUAAAAGUGUAAGUGGAGUCAUAAAAGUGACGUCAUCAUGGUGACCUCUUUUAUCCAGACACCUCUCUAAUACGGACACUUCGCUCUGUCCCUUCGGUGUCCGUAUUAGAGAGGUUUGACUGUACUUCCCUUUUGCAACUGUUAACUUAAGCCAUUAAUUAUUUUAUUUUUAUAAUUUUCUUUUUAUUAUAUUUCUUUUUUUUUUAUCAGGUAGAUGUUAAGCUUCCCUGUAUAGCAUGUCUUGGUGUUUUAGAAAAAAAGCAAGAAAAAUCAUUUAUUGAUAAGGUAAGUUUGCCAAAGCUUUGACAGAAGUCAGUGCAUAGGCAGUUGAGUAUUUUGAUAAGUAUUGAAUGCAGAAGAGAUAAACAGAAUUAAAGACGAAACUUAUUAAUGCAGUUGGGAAAAGAAAGCUGCUGAAAAGUUCAGGCUUUAUGGGAUUCAAACCCUGACCUAGCUCUGUAAUACCGGUGCAGUGCUCUAACCAAUUGAGCCACGUAGCAAGGCAACAUAGGAAGGUGGUAAUUAAAUUGCAGGUUUGUAACAAUAUUAUAUACCGCGAACGAUGAAGAUGAAAUGAUGAAAUUGUGUCAUUUCAUAAGUAUAUCAUUAUUUUGUUAUUAUGUAAAAAGGUACUAGCAACAUAAUGUCAGAGUGCAUUUAUCUUGCUCUAUAUUAUAUGGUGCUGUUUAGGUGCUCUAAAGCUAAUGUUUCUUUUAGGCUAUACAGUUGUAUUUUUGUUACCAGUGUUAACAACAUGACAUUUUUUUAUCAAUUUCCUUAGAUACAGUCUUCAAUAAAAAAAGCUGGGCAUCAGUUUGACAGCUUUAUGCUUACCAUUUCUUUGCCCCUUUCCAUUGUUCUUAGGCAGGUAUGUGACAUUCUUCUCUAUCCUUGUGAGUACAUUUUUUGUGUGUGUCCAUAGAGCAUUAUGCAUAUAUAUAUUAAUAAUAUUUAGUUGGCUACCCACUUUUAUGAUCACUUGGAUUUAAGACUCAUUGUUUUUGGAAUUGAGCUUCAUGUACUAAUAUUGUUUGGUUUUGUUUGUUUGUUUGUUUGUUUUUUACCACACCAGCUAAUAAUCCUCUUUUUGAAGGGUUGCUGUGGUGGUAAAUAAACAAAUAAUAAAUAGUAAUUGGUUUUAAUAAAUUCCUUUUACAUUUGCUUUAAUGAUGAGCUAAAAUCCAUCUACUUUUAAUUCCUAACUCUGUCAAUAUUCUGUCCUCUCUCUUUUAUUUCUUCUAGCAUUCUGUCUCCUUAUUUCUUCAAGAACAUUGUAGGUAUGUUUUGUUUUAAGUUUCAUGGAUAUGCUCAAGAAAUUGUAUCAACAUGUUACAGUCAAACUCUGUUAUUAUGGAUACUGAGGCCAGGGCUAUAGAAAGUGUCCAUACCUACGAGAUGUCUCAGUUUAUUAAGUGGGUAGAAUUUAGAGAAGAUGUAAGGGCUUCCUUUCCCCAGGGACAACCCAAACUGUCCGUAAUAAUUUGUCUGUAAGGUAGGGUUUGACGGUAUUUGCCAACCAAGAGGUCCUUAACGUAGGAAAAAACUGUACCUGAGGUCUGAGUACAUCCUGAGGAAAGACCUGGUAUAAAAAGAUUCUCUCUCUCUUUUGCAGUGCUCAUAAGCUGCCCAUGUUGUUGAAAACUGUACUAUAACACAGCUUUCCCUCAUUCACAACACUAACUAAAUUUGUGAAUAAAGCCAUCGAUUACCAUGACCUUGGGCAGAAAUAGGAAAAUGUGGACCACACCAAAACCAAUCAUAUUGCACCGUGCCCUCUUGGAAAAUGACUCUAUUAGUCAAUCCUGACCAAUAAAAUUGGUUUUUCAGUAACCAGUACAAGCAAUAUACAAAUAUAUUAAAUACAUCCAAAUAAUGAGAAAAGAAUCAAACCUUUAAUUUUGUACAAAUGAACUGAGAAUGAAUACUUUACGGUGAUGAUGAUGUUUAGUAUUUUGCCAUAAUCUUGAGUUAUUGAACACUAGAAGUAAAACUUUUUAUGAUCGUGAAAGUAUAUGUCUAAAAUUUCAUAUAUGGAUCAUUCAUUCACUUUCACAAUCAUAAAAAUAAUUAUUAUUGGAACUGUUUGAGAAAGAAAAAAAUAGUAAAACCCAGCUCACCAUAAUCAUAAUAAACAGUCUGCAUUGUCUGCUUAUAAAGGAAACAUCAACUGUAGUAACCAUAAGCUCUCUUAGCUGUGUAAGUUUAAUUCCUUUGUUUUUCCUUUGACAGUUCCAUUUUUGACAAAAGGAUGCUGAAUGAAACCUCAUCUGUUAAGGAGGUCUUUAAGUGGGUUUAUGGACCAAUAGUUGAGGAGUUGCUGCAAGUUGAUUAUAUGCCAUUGGUGAGACUGUUAUUCUGAAGCUCACUUAAUUAGUAAUAAGUAUGGUAAUAGGACUAACUGGAGUCAAAUUUGGUCUGCCAUCAUCCCUAAAUAAUUGUUUAUUAAAUUUUCUUUGUAAUUUACAUGUAGCUGUUUUGUUUAAUUUAGCUGACAAAGCCCAUGUUGCAUAAGUUUGGUGGUUUCUUUGGGCUUUCUCGCCAUUUUUACUCGAGUGUACAGAUCGCAAAUUAUAUUAUUUAUCAAAAAUAACUUAAUUCUUCCUCAUAUUGACAUAUUCAAGUAAAGAUCCUUCAAGUUUUAUAUUUUGAAAUUAUUUAGCCUGAGAAGCCAACAUAAUUUUUGCAACACCAUCAUUGUUGAAUUCCCCACAAAAUGAUGUCUGUUGAGGAGAACAGAAAUUCCCUUUGCUGGUGAUGUGUCACUACCCAGGACUGGGCAUAAGACGUAAACGCUUUUAAUUAGCUGAAGCAAAGUCCCGUUGCUGUGUGACUAAUCAGAAGGACUACCCAGAUCUGGGUAGUGUCACGCCAUCAGUAUAGCAUUUCUGUGCUCAUUCCUCAGUCGUCAGUAGAGGCAUUGCAAAAUGUUCAGCUAUUUUGUCAUGCUAGCAAGUACCGGUACUUAAAAACAUUUUUGAUCAGUGCUUCGUGAAAGAACUUCCUAAUAGGUUUCUGUUAAAUGGCCAUACAACAGAAUUUACCUAGAACCACCUUGCACAGCAGCACUACAGAUUAGUUGACUGUGCGUCCGUAACACUGCUUUGCUGCUCUGCAAUUGGUCAAGUCAGUUUUGGAUCUGCGCAUGCUGUGGUUACUCUCGUCAUAUUUUUUAGAGAGAUUCAGAUGUAAAUCAGUAGCAUUUAUUGAUUUUAUCACUUGCACAUUUUCAGAGUCCAUUCAAAGUAUCACUGGUCUUUACUCACAAGGAUAAUGAUAAAGAACUAGAGUUUCUGUAAGUAUCUUGACAACAUUCAGUAAAUCCUAGCCCCUUGGGGGCUUAUUUGUUUCAAGCAAGUUUCAGAGAGGGUCUUAUUUGAGAGGGGAAACUGGUUUAAAUUAUUGAACCUCAUGUUAUCAAUUCUCCAUAAUAACAAAGUGGAAAACAUGCGAAGUGGAAAAUCUCAGGUACAUGAAGUUGGAGGUCAAGCAGCCAAAGAUCAAACUGACAAAACCAAACAAGUUUCUGGCAUGUGAAUAAACCAUGUACCGGAUUAGUCCACAUGAUAAGUAGAGUCUGUACAUACGUAUAGGGGAAAAAAGAGAUGGGGAGGGGGCUAAAAAAAGAGGGGAAGGCUUAAUAACGUUUUUCCCCUACAAAGAAGGAGGGGCCUAUUGUAGAGUGGGCCUUAAUAAUCUGAGAGGGAGGAUUUACUGUGUGUUAACUUUUCAUUUAACCACUGGCCAUCAGCUGGGUGUUUUAAACGGCAGUGAAUUGGAUCUAACUCCUCAACAUUGUUAUAGUUAACUAGCCUCACUUCUACAGGUUGGAAUCAGUCAAAAUUAAUUUGUCAAAAUUUAAGUUUUUUCUUUUUAUCCAGAAUAGCUCCUCAUCAGGAAAAAAUUUAAAAUUUCCAUAUGGAAUUCAAGAGGAUUUAGAACGGAAUUUCCUAUUUUUUUUUUAUUGAGACAUUAAACGUUUACUUUGCUCAUUUAUAGCUUUACCACCAAUGAUACUCAUAUUUCCUCUUAAUUUAUCUUAAUAGGAAUAAUUCUUCCAAGACAACGACUAGACAGCGACAAAAACGACAAAAGAGGGAAGCCAGUAUGACAGCACCCAGUGUAAAGAAAGCCCUCACAGACUUGACUGCAGUGAGUCAGCUUAAAAGGUAAUGAUUAGAUAUACCUCCUGUCAGUUGAUAUUUCAUCAUGCAAGCGAUGCUUUCCUAACUGACACUCUUGAAAUGGACAACUCUACUUAAAGCCGUCUUCAUUAACCGCUAUUGAAUUCUAUGCUUUCAAAAAUCAUUCCUGUAAGCUCCAGUUUCGGACACUUUUUUGCUUCCUGAAGGUGCCCGCUUAACAAAACCGGGUUCAACUGUAUUUGGUAACUUCACGUCUUGUUCCCUAAACUAUGUUAAGUCCAGAGUCUGAAUUAAGAAGCAUACACUUGUUAAUUGGGCUCAGCUGAACCUUCAAUUCAAUCAGGUUCGGCAUUUGAACUGCACCAUAACUUUUAGGGAGUUAUUAUAACUCCAAAAAUGGAGUAAAAAUUUGAGGUACAGGAUAACCUCUUUUUUGGGGUUACUUUAACUGCUAAUUUAACUCCAAAUUUGGGGUCAUUUUUACUCCUGAAAAAGAGUUCUUUUUACUCCCAGACUGGAGUUAAAAUAACUCCUAAAAAGGGGUUAUUUUUACUCCUUACAUGGGUUGUUUUUACUCUUUUUGGAGUUACUUUAACUCUGAAAGUGUAGUAGGUACGGGAUAACUCCUUUUUGGGGGUUAUUUUGACUCCUCAAUAUCUGGGGUCAUUUUUACUCCUGAAAAAGAGUUCUUUUUACUCCCAGACUGAAGUUAAAAUAACGCGGAAAUGGGGUUAUUUUUGCUCCCUACAUGGGUUGUUUUUACUCUUUUUGGAGUUAAUUUAACUCUGAAAGUGGAGUAAAAAUUUUAGGUACAGGAUAACUCCUAUUUUGGGGUUAUUUUAACUCCUCAAUAUCUGGGGUCAUUUUCACUCCUGAAAAAGAGUUCUUUAAACUCCUUUUUGGAGUAAAAAUACCUCCCCAAAAACUAACUUCACUGUAAGGAGUUAUAUUAACCCCACUAGGGGAGUUAUUAUAACUCCUUGAAAAUUACUGUGUGAGUCUAUUUUAUAUGCCAUAUGGAACGAUGCAUAUUUUCCCACGUGGACCCAUAUAGCUUUCCACGCGUACUUCAGUUUGGAAAUUCUGAGCAAUCCUCACAGGGUUAGCCAGAAAAAUUUAGUUUCCUUUGAUGGUUUGCAAAGGGGUAAGUAGUGUCUCGCAACAGUAGCCACUGCUGACAAACAACAGUUGGGAUGCAUCUUGACUUUUCGUUGUAGAUUUGACCCUGCUAUCGUGGUAAAUGAAAACCCUUAUUUUACCCCAUUUGGAAUGCAUUUACACUCCUAAGGACUAUAAAUUAUAUGAUACGCAGUACAUGCUGAGUCGUAAUCAUUGUGUAUACACAGUUGUAGCCCAGUGAGUUCUGAUGCACUGUAUUUCCCUUUCAGAUUGGCAGAUUGUCCUCCUCAGCCUGCAGCACUUCCAAUUGAGCUAUCAGAAGUAGUUUGUUCUCACGAUUCCAUCUAUAUUGCAGGUGUUUAUUGAUUUUUUUGCCUUUUUUACACAUAAAUGAAGGGGGAAAAAAUUUAAAUUACACGUAAUAUACACAUUUCGAAAGACGAGAGUCUCAAAGAAGAAGUCUCAAGAAGCCAUGAAGGCUUAUAGGUGAGUCUUCCCCUUUACAGUAGAUUUAGUUAUAGUUAUUAAUUAAAUAUAUACUUAUAUAAAUGAAGAACAGCAUAUAAUAAAGAAAUUUACAAAAUGUAUAGAGAUUAUUAUUUGACAUGAACAUAGAUUUCUGACAAAAGUUUUUAGUAUCAGUUUUUGGUGCUUUUUGGAAAGUUAAAAGAAGGUGACAAGCAUAGCAUUUCAAAGCAAUGAUGUAGAGCUUUUACAGGUUUCCUUGUAAGGUGUAAUAAUUUCUAGGCCCGGGGUGGGGGGGUACUCAACAAAGUUGUAUAUGGGGAGGCUCAGCCCCGAGGUCCAACCCCUUACUCUUUAAUAUACCAUUUUUGACAUAAAAGGUACCCCCUCCCCCUUUCGUAGACCUUCUAUUGACAAACGGUACUUCUUUGCAUACCUAGCUUACAACUCUGCACCGCUUUUAACAGCUGCUAAUGCACUGUCUUUUAAAUACGAAUAAAUCACAAUACCAGAGCCAUAAAAUGCAUCUGUUAGCCCUUCUGGGCCUUUUUAUAGAUCGAAAUUACGGAUUUCCCUACCCUUUCAUAUGCUUCAACCAGUGAAAUGCUUACCCUCAUAUACCUGACGCCUGAAAAAGGUAGCUAUUUAGGGCGGAGCUUCUUCAUAUAGGCAAUUGUAGGGAUUACCCCCUGGGUUUCUAACACACUCAAUCCAUGUCGUAUCCGAUAUCCCCAAGGCUACAAAUUAGAAGCUAUCAAAGGCAAAAAAAACUCACCCAAAACUGUCCAAACUUCCCCCUCUUUUGUCUUCUCAUCUCACAGGGAAAGGAAGGAGAAUAAAUUGUAAAAACGCGACUCGAUCUUUGUUUAAUUUGUUAAUUAAUAGUUUUUUUAUUAUUAUUUUUGUUAUUUAGGACGAUACAACAAGUUUUCACGCGUGCUUUCUCAGACUCCGUGGAUAAUAGACAACGUUCGGCACACUGAGUCAUCGGUGGAGGUAAAGUCACUACAUAUAUUUCCUUCCUGGUAGACACACUGUACUGUUUAGAAUGAAACAAUAUUAAAUGAUUAGCUUACUGAUUUCAGUCACUUUUGCUUAACGUACACUUCCUUAUUCUGAAAACUCAGACUUACGAAUUUCUUGCUUAGCUAUGAGACCCGUAUUUCCUUUUUUUCUAAAACAGGAAAAGAUCUGUGACCGGAUUAGAAACAAGAUCAAGGCCGACGGUAGGAAAGUUGCGUUUAUAACAUUGCUUACUUAAUAGAGUUCAGAUUAAUUUCCAUCCUUUCAAAUGAAUUAGUACGUAAUCUGGUAGACUUUUCAUAGCUUCUUAUCGUUUUUCGUAUGAGCGUCAGGAUCGAGCGCUUACCGGUACGGGCCAUCUUAAUUUCAUAUGUACCGAGGGGCCGGGAGUUGAGGCUUCCCGAAACCGUCCCACUCCUACCACCCCACCCCCCCCAAGUAGAUUUGACACUCAUCCAAGAUGACCACCAUCUCGACGAUCUUACGGUAAAUUAGGGAGUGUGAACAGUCCAGUAAUCUGGAUGAGUUUCUUUUCACAGAUCAUAAAUUUGCAUCAGCGGGGCGAGAGGACAUCGAUGUACUCAUGCUUGGUCGGGGUAAGUCUGAAUGACUGUUGAGGAGCAGGGACAGGCUGUUUGUGUUGUUCCUUUCAUUGUUCAAGACAUCUAAAGCUACCGUAAAACGAGUAACAAAAACGUACAACUUGUUUUGCGCGUUUUGCCACCUACGAAUCAAAAUGUCUUGCAACAAAUCAGGUUAUUGCAAGUUGGGUGAAUACCGUCUUCUGAUUUCAUAAAAACUUCGCGGGAUUUGAUUAGUUUUACUAAUUUUUGUCUUGUCUUGUGUUUUGUGUGUUUUUUUAGUUACCAGUUUAGAGAUCUUAAUUUUUGUCCCUCGAUGAUAUUACCUAUAUGGUGUAGGUGCACUAAAAUUCGAGUUUAAAUAAAGGUUUUGUUUGUAUGUUUGUACAGUUGAACCACUCCACAAUGGCCACCUUGGGGACAGAAGAAAGUAGCCGUUAUAGAGAGGUUGAAACAAGAGUCAAUGUAUGGACUGUCCCACAAAAAAAAAUUGCCGUUGUAGAGAGGUUGCCGUUGUGGAGAGAUGGGCGUCAGUGGAGAGUUAGGGUUAGGGUUAGGGUACCAAAAAAUUUGGGGUAAUUGUUCUUGUUGUUCUGCUCCUUAAUGAAUAACUUUCUUGUUUGUGGUUACCGGAGGGCGAAUCAAGUUUGUGACACAUUUUAUAUGGCAGGUUAGAGACGCACAUGUAUUCUUUGUUAGUAUUGUAAAUUUAACUUCACUUUAUGUUGUCUACAAUUUCAGGAAGACCAUUUCUGGUAGAGUUUAUUAACCCUCGAGUGACUCGCCUGAGUGAAUCAUUUCUCGCGGAUCUUCAACAAGAAAUUAACUCUUCAACAACAGAGAUUUAUGUGAGAGAUCUGCAACAAGUAACAAAGUAAGUUCGUGGAGCUCACUAACAAACGCCAACUUUUUUCGCCAGAGAAAGUCGAUUUCACUGAGACGCGUUUUCACAAUAGCAGUGCAUGAUAGUAAUUCUGUAGUAGACAGUAGUGUUUUGUUAACAGAAAUCUGUGAAGUUUGUUGAAAAUAGUAUUUGGACUUUCUCGACGGACUAUAUGUAUUUAUUUCUCUCCCUUUCUUUGCCUCAGGGAUGAUUGUCAAAUUUUAAAAGAUGCAGAGAGUAACAAAACCAAAACUUAUAAGUAAGUGAAAUGUUGCCAAGGCACGCGUACGAAUUGUCUUACCCGGUAUGCCGAUAAACUGACGACACCCUUCUGCUUCUAGGGCGUUAAUAUGGACAAAGGAAGAAAUAGUUGAAAAACAGCUUCACGUUCUUCAGGACACGAAGGUAAUGAUGCCAAAGAACCGUUUUUAACUGUUGAUUUGUGUAAUGAGUCAAUUGUUGGGGCGGAAGCAUUUGCGACAAAGUCCUGAUUAUAACAGCGGCUGAUUUUACGACUCUCGAUGACCAGGAAAGAAUUGACCCUGCGUUUUUCUAGGUACUCCACGUGCGGCUUAUCCCUGCCGCUCUUAUUAACGUUUUUCAUCCCGUAGUACUUCACCCAGAAUCGUUAACUAACCCUUCGAGAAACUGAGGGACUUUUUGCAAGUUGUGUCACAAGACAUUUGCGAGUUUAACAUUACUUUAAUGGUCUGACUUCAUUUUUUGCUCCUUACUAGGAAUUAACCAUCUCACAGAAGACUCCCUUGCGGGUUUUACACAGGUAAUCGCUAUUGUUCUAAAUCCCUCGGUAAUUCUUCAUAGCCAGAUAGCGCUGACUUUUUAAAGAGGUUUGUUAGUUUCCGAGGCCCUUUUAUACCCUCACAGGAAACGUCAACUGAGCAGGCUACUUUGCGACUGGCGUAAGACAUCUUGUGUUGAGUGUUAGACAAAUCGGAAGCAACGCAAAACCUCAUAUCAAGUUUUUUUUAUGGUUCUCGCGCUUUUUCACGCUCGGAACUGGUUAGAUAUAUUUGCUACGAGUUCUAGUUUGUUAACGCCUUUUGCGACAGUGAAGCCACUCUAACCAGACUCGAAUGAAACCUAAGUACUAGAAAAUUGGCUUAAACGACAACUUUUGACGUUCGUUUUUGUUUUGUUUUUCAGACGUCCACUGGCUGUACGGGAGCGGUGUAUUUACAGCAUGACACCGUCCGAGCAGAUAGACUCCCACCAUUUUAACCUGUUUCUUAAAACCCAAGCAGGGACGUAUCCUAUUUUUUCUGAACGUAAGUUAACUUAUCGUCUAACACUUUGUUUGCAAAGCAGUACCUUUAGUCCUCUCCUCUGUUAAGAUCCAGGAGAUGGAAUCAGAAGCCCUCUUUGUGUUAAAAGUAAGGUAUACCCUAACUAUUUCUUUUCAUCAAUUGUUGUAAGGGAAGCUUCGUGAAUCCUGCUUUCGGAUUGGUUCUGAGCGGGAUGGAGCCCACAACCCUGCGUUUUCUCUUUGAAUUUGGCAGCCGUCUGUAGGAAAUCAGUUCCAGUCGGAAACUCAGUAACAUAAACACGAUAAAUCUUACCACAACUGUAACUUUUUGUGUGAAAAGAAGGGAGUUUUUGCUUCAUGCAGAGAUUGUAGAGAGUAAACGUCGUUUAAGCCUGGUCCAGGCGUUCAGAUCGUUCAUCGCGAUUAUCCCAACUCAAUUGUCUUGUCAAAUGUACGCCAGCACUCCUGGAGUUGAAUUCCUAAGAACCAUAUCCAAGUACAGAAGGAGAAAGAAAAUUUCGUUGUCACUUGUUUACAUCCUCCAUGAAACGUGAAAUUAGGCCUCAUGUGAUUUUCACACCGCAGUCGUGCAGUGACAGCAAAGAAAUGUGCAAAAAAAGUGUCACACACGUGCAGAGUUCACGGUUGUUUUGCGUAUUAAACUCAUUGCUUUUUUGACAUGCUCGUUACCGUCGCCGUCGUUGGAUCUUAGGUUCCCGAGUAAAUCUGGAAAGGUUACCUCAGUUGGUAAAGGGUUGAUCCGCAGAACGGAAAAAUAUGCGUUGGACUCCCGUUGAAACACCAAACAUUUCCCUCUGAAGUUUCGCGCUUGUGAUUAAUUGAUCGUUGGUAUAAUAGUGUACAGAAUAGGACUUAAAAGUUCCUUAACUCGUGUGUAGUUAUAUCAAAGAGUUUGUCCAUGGAGACUUCGGUAGAACGAAACCUAACUUAGGACAGUUAUUGAACACUGAGACGGACAUUCUGCAGCUGGAUGUAGAGGUAUGUCCUGUUUCACCUGUCUGCUCUUAUCUGGUUCAACUUGUUUCUAAUAACUAGAAACUUUAGUGGAACCCUUCCUUUAAUAGGUAAUCAUCACCUAUAAUGUCAAGAUUUAGUGAGAGCUUCCUCUCUCCUGGUCCACAGAGGCCUCUUUGUGUCGCAGGGAAAUUGGGGAGAAGAAAAAAAUACGUGCGGGGGCUGUUUUUGGAUGAUUGGGAUACGCAGCGGGAGCCUUAGACUAGCCAUAAUUUCACCAUUUCUUUCGUAAGUGCCCUAUUUUAGCUUCCAGUUCGAUUUGGCAAGAUGUUAUGGUGGUCGUCAUUUCGUAAUAUAAACGCAGUUGUUUUUCCCUUUCAGUCUGUAGAUGUUGACUGGCCUCCAAGGAAGGACGAGAUUGAUGAUCAGCUUAAAGACAGCAGCUGACAGCCACGGCCAACCAGAGGGUUUCGUAUGCUGUCUUCUCCUCUUCCGAAAAUAAAGCGUAACAUCCUAAGGAACCGACCAAAGACUUUCCAUCUGAUCAUGGCUAUGCCAUGGUUUUUCUCGCGACCGCGUUAUCCAGUCACUUCUACGUCCGUACUUUAACUGUAUAAAGUUGGAAUGUGUUUUGACGUGUCGAGUGCUAGCCGAUACGGAAACUAUACUGUAGGCCGGAGGAACAAGCAAGAAUACAGGCUGUGAGUGGCAGAAGAGUUAGCCUGCGUAGUUACGCCCAGGGUACUUUCUUCGAGCGGAGUGGAAACUCAGAAACUGUUCUUUUUACAUCCCUUUCCAUUUCUUUAGUCAUUUCUCGUCACUGUUGCGCACUCUCCAUCCCAGUACUUUCACUUCUCUCCUUGGCUGUCAUGCGCAGAAGAGCUUUAGGGUCAAGGCUCUCUCUUUUUCCUGCGCUUUUCCUCAUUGCUUUUCCGCAU